GGUGUUCUGGGGAACCUGGGGUGAGAGCUAGCCCCUAAGUCCCUUGGGCACAUGCAUGGGCUUUCCCCUCCCCUGUAGCCUGGGUGCCCCGAGGGACCCCGGAGGGUGCCGGGGCGGGAAGAGGGAGGGCCAAGGCAGGUCUCUCCUCCCCUGCCCUCCCCUCUCCUCCCUUGCUGGGUCUGUUGCUGCCAGACCAGCUGCCUGCUGGGGCUGCACGUCUGGGGGAUGUCGGUUGCUGGGGCGUCCUGGGACCCGCAGGGGCUGCAAACGGUGGGCAUCAUCCUGCUGCUCUGCUCCAGCCUCAAGCUACUCCAUGCCCUGGGCAUCAUCGACCUGCCCAGGGGAGGCAACCCGCCAGGCCAAACUAAAAAAGCGCUGAAGCAGCGAUUCCUCAAACUGCUGCCCUGCUGCCGGCCCAAAUCCAUCCCCUCGCUCAGCGAAAACAGCGUUGAGGAUGAGUUUGAGCUCUCCACCGUCUGCCACCGCCCUGAGGGGCUGGAGCAGCUCCAGGAGCAGACCAAGUUCACCCGUAAAGAACUGCAGGUCCUGUACCGAGGCUUCAAGAAUGAGUGCCCGAGCGGCAUUGUCAAUGAGGAAAACUUCAAGCAGAUCUACUCACAGUUCUUCCCGCAGGGAGACUCCAGCACGUAUGCCACCUUCCUCUUCAACGCCUUUGACACCGACCACGAUGGCUCCGUCAGCUUUGAGGACUUUGUGUCUGGGCUGUCCGUCAUUCUGCGGGGCACCAUUGAUGAUCGCCUGAACUGGGCCUUUAACCUCUACGACCUGAACAAAGAUGGCUGCAUUACCAAAGAGGAAAUGCUGGAUAUCAUGAAGUCCAUCUAUGACAUGAUGGGCAAAUACACUUACCCAGCCAUGCGGGAGGAAGCGCCCCGGGAGCAUGUGGAAAACUUUUUCCAGAAAAUGGACCGAAACAAGGACGGCGUGGUGACAAUUGAGGAGUUUCUGGAGUCCUGUCAGAAGGACGAGAACAUCAUGCGGUCCAUGCAGCUCUUCGACAAUGUGAUUUAGCUCCUGGACCUGCCUCCAGCCGAGCAGUCCUGCCACCAGGCCCAGAACCUGCUUCUCUCUCGACUUUUCCUUCGAGCCUCCCCUCCGCCGGCUGCACAGACAUCCCCGUGGGAAGGGGCCUCCCUUCCCGGAGACACAAUUGGUGGUGGGAUCUUCCCUUUCCUCUGGGCCAGCUCCGCUUUCCUCGGGGGAUCCCAGGCAGGUGCUCCUGGAUGUUGGAGCAUGGGCACAGCUGGCACGGGGCGAGCGUUUAGCCUGGAUGGACCUCCCUGCACCUGUUCCUGGCAGGGAAGAUGCAGCCUCAGGCUGCAAUAGAGGCUUCCCUUGUGCACAGCCCCCCGUGCAGCCACAGCUCCCACACCCCUGACCCUCCCCAGCCCUGGGAUUCCCCAGCACCAGCUCCAGCACAGACCCUCCAGUGACACUGUCUAGAAACCAAUAAAGUCUUGCAACGGGUGCCAGUGCCUCAGCUUCCUCCCCUGCCCUGGCCGUGGCCUGCUGUGAGGAGCAUGUCUGGUGCAUUGGCCAUGAGCCACCAGCUGCCCUCCUUGCCCAGCCCCUGAGCGGUGGGUGGGCAGAGGGGCUGUGCCUGGAGAAGGCAGCCGCAUGGGCACUUGGGGUUCAUUGCUGUGUGAGUUGUGGGGAGUGACCCCUGAUCCCAUGGGGGGGGCCCCAGUUAGGCCUAGGAAGCUCAUCCUGGCUUGGGGAGAGGGGAUACUAAAGGGACCCCAAGGUGCCUUCUUGUGGCACUGGUCCCCCAGGAUGGAGGAUGCUGGGCUGGGAGGAGCUGCAACCUCAACCCCUGUCCCUUGAGUUCAGGGUGCUAGCACACAGAGGACCUCCGGGACCCACUUUGAGGCUUUGAUGGAGAGACACCUUUCCCACCACUCCCUGAGGACAUGGCAGCCAGUGCAUGGGGACACAUGGAGGAGGGAGGUGUGCUGUACUCUGGCGGCCACCUUAGCCCUCACAGCCAUGCUCCCUGCAUCAUUUGCUGCUGAUCUUCCCCUGCUCUCAUGCCCUGGUCUGUCCCAGCCCACCCGCUGCCGGGGUGGGGCCAGGGAGUGAGCAAUGGGGCAGAGAGGUGACCCCCCAGGCAUAGCCCUGGGCCAGGGGCACAGCUGAGCUGGCAGCUCCCUGGGGAGAAAGUCAAGGCUGGGACCGGCCAGGAGUCAUUGCUGUGCUGCUGGCAGGCUGGAGGGUCACCUUGAGGCACGGUGGGCUCAGCUUCUUCUGGCAUGGCCAUGCUCGGAGGUGAGAGCCUGCCUGGGGACCUUGGGGACGGAGCCAGCAUCCUGGGGCUCCCCACAUCUUUAUCACCAACAGCUCCUCAGAGCUGGGUGUGUGCAGGCAGGCCUGUCCUGUCUGCAAACCCCUCCAAGUCCUAGCUGGGGAAGUGAUGCCCACAGGCUAAUGAUCCCAUACCAAGCCCAGAAGCCCCUCUCUGCAAUCCCACGGACACUGGGAACGUAUGGAGCCCUGGCAGCCUUGGCUCUGCUGCUGCAGCCUCUGCAUCCUUAGCAGCUGAGGGCAGUCAGGGCUGGCUCAAGCUGCGGUAUCUGGGAUCAAUGGGAAAGCAGUGAGCAAGGCCAGUACACAUACCGGGCCGGGCCCCAGACCCAGGCUGAGCCCCUGGUGUCAGAGCCAUCAGAAAACCCCUCCCAGGGCCCUGAGACAAAGCUACGGGGCUGCCCCUCAGUGGGACUGUCCCUGGCCCAGCCCUUGCAGACAUGAUGUGUUUUUUAGGUUCAUUUAACACAUUGUUCAUCUCACAGUCCUGUUACUGGGUUUGCCGUGGGGCCAAGCUCCCACCUGCAGACUCCCAAAAGUGGGAGGGCAGGUAUCCUGAGCCUUACCCCUCCUGUCUCCUUCUCCCCCCCACCCAGGCUCUCUGGGUACCCACUGUCCCCUGCCACGCGGAGCAGAUGCUGCCUCCUCCCUCACGCUGCAGGUCGCAUGGCGUGACCCCCAGCCCUGGGGCAUGGUGACCCACAACCCGCUUGGCAUCUCCAGUCUGUAUAUUUUGUAUUAUAACAAUAAUAUGGGUUUAAAAAAAAAGACAAUAAAAUCUAACCACAAUCGCUAUGCACACCACCGUUAUAUCUUUGCCUCUGUCAGCCAUCUGGGGGGCAGGGGAGAUGGGGGCUGAGGGUCUUUCCAGAGGGUUGGCAGCCU